AUGAUCUACCGCCGUUUGUUCCUUUUGAUACUUUUGAUUUGGUUGACCAUUACUUUGAACAGUAUUCUGGCACAGAGAAUGGAGGCCUAUAUGACCAAAAUCGAGUGUCCCAAUCAUUUUCCGGAAUUGAUCAAAAAUCUUAGCUGUCAUUUAAAUCCAUCAUCCCAGCAUUCUGGAUCAUCAGAAUACUCCGCGGAGUUUGUCUUGACCAAAGAUGUUACGAACGUUAAAGGCAUUUACGUAUUUUCCUUGAAACGCGGAUCAAUCAUAACCAACUAUACUGCAAUGGAAAUUGACUAUUGUCAGGCACUAGCAUCUCUGCAAUCACAUUUUUUACUAAAAAUGAUUGCCGAUGAACUGCGACGAGUAGCGAAUUUUCCGUUGCAAUGUCCUUUUAAAAUGAAUAAAAGGUAUUACGUUAAUAACUUCUCAAUCAACUCAAAGCUUAUACCCAGCUAUGCGCCAGAAUUAAACUUUAUAUCGGACUGCAAUAUAUUUGUUAACAAUCGAAAAGCUCUUACAUUAAUUAUCCAUGGUCGUGUUGUUCGUCGUCGAUCGGGCCGAUAA